AUGGAUUCUCAACUAUCUGCUUCCUCAAUAACAGAAGCAACUAUAGGAAGAUCGGAAUCUCCGUCACAAGUUUUAACAACAGCAUCAACCACCUUCGGGAAAUCUAUAGAUUUUUCGGGAUUUUUAACAAAAGAAUUUAACGUCAAAUCAUGGAUUAAUGAAGCAUUGUCCGUUGCUACCUCCUCUAGUUCUAAUUCUAUAGUAAAAUCUCGAGAAUCAGAAUUAUUAGAAUUAGAAAAACAUACUUCAACUCUUGUAGAAAAACUUCAAUUUUUGAAUCAAGAAGUUUCGAAUAGAUUAGAAAGAACAGUUGAAGAUAUCACUAAAUCUAUGCCAAGAAUUAUUACAGAUUUACAAGUUAUGCAAAAUGAUGCUACAAAAUUAAAAUCUGGAGUUUCCUUAGUGAAAUCACAAUUGAAUAAUGUGGAAGAAGAUACAGGAAAAGCUUUAGAUAGACUGAAGUAUUUGGAUCUAGUUAAGACAAGAAUGGAAGCAUCUAGAAAUGUUUUGAAAGAGGCUGAAAAUUGGAGUAAUUUAGAACAGGAGGCAAGUAAUAUCUUUGCUUCACAAGAUUAUCAAAAAGCUAGUGUUAGAUUAAUGGAAGCUGAAAAAAGUUUAGUUAUCUUUCAAAAUACACCAGAAUAUGAGGAAAGAAGAAAAUUAUUAACGGAAUUACAAAAUCAAUUAGAGGCAACGGUUAGCCCGCAGUUAGUCAAUGCGUUAAAUCAACAUGAUAUUGGCGUAUGUCAAAAGUUUUAUCAAAUAUUUAGUCAAAUAGGAAGAAAUAAAGACUUUUGUAACUAUUAUUAUGGAUCAAGAAAAGCUCCUCUUGUGAAAAUGUGGCAAUAUGCUUUAUUAACAGAUAUCCCCCCUUCAGUGUCUGGUAAUGCAGAAAAUCCUGUUGGAACCGGUGGAUCAGAUCCGUUUAAUAACGAAACAUCGUCAACGUCGCCAAAAUCUCCAACAACUCCAAAACUACUUCAACAAAAAUUUCAACUGCAAGUUCCAAAGAAAUUUGUAGAAUUCUUGCAAGAAUUUUAUGAUGAAUUAUUUAUUAUACUCAAUCAAGAACAUACUUGGUGUGGUAAUGUAUUUCCUGAUACAAAUGAAACUUUAAUGUCUUUAAUUGAAAAUAUUUUUAAUUCUUUAAAGCCUCCUUUGAGUGCAAGAUUAGCAGGCUUGGUUGAAUUCUAUAAUGAAGAUUGUCUUCCGGAAAUUAUAGAUACUUGGAUUGUUAGUGAAAAUUUUGGAAGACAUAUGGAAAAGGUAUUGUUUAAUCCUAUACAAAUUAGCUCUGGAAUGAGUUCAAGUGCGAAUGGAAGUGUUGGCGGAAAAAGAAAUAAUGUGAGUUCGUUGACAGAUGCGUCUAUUAGUGGGAAGUCCCUAUCUAGAGCGAAUUUAAUUACUUGGGGAAAUGUAGUGUUUGAGCCAUUUUCCGAGUAUCAACAUGAUUAUUCAGAAUACGAAAAAAAUUAUUUAAUUAUGCUACUCAAUAACACCAUCACAGAGAAGAGAAAAGUCGAAUCAUUAGAUUUAGCAAAAGUCAUGUCUGAGACUAUUGGGGAGAUAUUUAUGAUGGCUGAAUCUGGAUUAAAUAGGUGUAUGACACUUACGUAUGGAUUUGGUGGAAUUGGAUUAAUUGAAGUAUUGAAUUUUUUCUUUACCACUUUUAUAAAAGAGUAUCAGAUACUUCUUGACCAGCUUAGAUUGGAUAGUGGUUUGGAUGGAAGUUUUUGUGGGAGAGGUGUUUUAUCUGGAACAUCAGCUGUGAAUAAGGGUGGAGAUAAUUCAAAUAAUGAUUAUUUUGAUUUUGAUCAAGAUAAAUUACAGCAAGAAGAUUGGUCGAAUUUUCAUAUUGGAUUAAAAUUAUUAGCAACUUGUAGAACAACCUCAGAACGAUUAAGUGAAUUCGAAGAAAAAGUAAAGAAUAAUUUAGCAACAGUUAAAGAUUUAAUAGUACACGAUUCUCUUAAUGAAGAUUUGGAAUGGUAUGAGAGAAGAUCCUCUGUAACAUCUUCACUGGAAGGCCAAAUUAAAAGAUCUACUUUCACGGGAACACAGUCAUCACUGCUACUUCUUCGUCAAUCUCCUUUAAAUUCUUAUCAUUUGAAUGAACUUUUAACUAAUAUCGAGACCAAACAAAUUUUAUCGCCUUCAGUUAAUGCUGUAGAUAUAUUUAUCAGGUCAUGUCAAAGAUAUAUAUUUGAUACAAUAUUUUUUCCUAUAGCAAGACAUCUUACCAAUUUACCAAAUAUGGAAAUUUGGAAUAGCGUUGUUGAAAAAGUUCAAAAUUCACCCUUUAAUUUACAAAUACCAACUUUUAGUUUACAACCCAGUGAAUAUAUUACAAGGAUUGGGGAACAUUUGUUGACUUUACCACAACAAUUUGAAGUUUAUGCCGAUGAUAAGAGCUUAGAAUUUUCAAUUAAAUCAUUGCCUUAUAGCGAUGAAAAACCUAUUCAGGAGAAAGAGAUAUAUGAUUUAAUAGAAGAUAAAAAGAAAGGUUCAACUGUUAAAGAAAAAGGAAAUCCUGAGGAAAUAGAAACAACAUCAAUUACAAUAGUAGGUGAAUCUAGCACUAUAAAAGAAGAAGGUUCUAUGCUACAAUCUGAAGAUGAAGAAAUUUCUACAGAAGAAAUUACGCAUGCAUGGAUAACUUCUUUGGCACGUGGUACAAUGCAUGCAAUAUGCGAGAAGGUUCUCAUGAUACCACAACUAUCAACACAUGGCACACAACAAUUAUUAACUGAUUUAGGUUAUUUAACUAAUGUUUUAUCUACUCUUGAUAUUCCACCUAUUAGAGAAUUACAUAAAAUUGUUAAAGUAUUGGAAAUGGAUGAAGAUCAAAUUUUUAGAAUGUUAAGAUAUAAAGGAACAAGUCUAGUAUUAAAGGAAUAA